AUGGAGAAGAUCAAGAUCUCCAGCUUGGAGUCGUUGCUUCGAUUUCCGGGCUAUUCACAGUUGGUUUCUGAUGCAUCUGUGCUUACAUGUGGAUGUCUCGCUUCAGAGUCUGGAUUUUCAAUUGAUAAAGUCAAUAAUAGUGGCAAAUGUCCCAAUUGCAAUACAGAAAACGUCUCAAUACUCAGUGAAAUCAAACCACUUAGAGACCUCUUUAAGAUAGUUCAACUGUUGAACUAUCAACUCACGUCACAGUCUUCUUCUUCGUUCCAGACUUCUUCGAGGAGAAGAAGGUCCUCUUCCAAAAAAAGUGUGAGAGGAGGAAUUGAGUCUGCAAUAGCUGAAGGAUCUUCUGCUUCUGACUCAAUGGAUUUUAUUACACUUUUCUACAAGUUUGCCAAAGAAGAGGAUCAGGCAUCGAUGCCUGAAAAGCCAGCAUCGCCUGACCAUGCUAAGGUACAGCCUAUAGCGAUUCAGCCUGGAAAGGCCCUGGCGGACUUGCCUGUAGCAAAUUCUUCAUUGCCUCUGUACCAUAACUCGACAUCUCUAUCACCACAACAUAACACGCCUAAUUUCGGUCUAGAAUCAAGUUUCCAUAGAGCAGAGUCUACUUUCAAUACCAACAACUUGAUCUUUGAUGAGUCACUUGUAAAGAGUUACAGUGAAGAAAAAGAGUACAACUUCUCGAAAUGUUUUCCUUACCAUCGGAAACUAUCUACAUUUGCUACCCAACUGAGCAAAUUGCAUUUGUCCUUUAAGCUGGGCUCCAUCAUCAAGCGUAAUUUUAUAGGCAGUAACAUCCACACCUACUUGGACUUCAAUAUUGGGAAGGAGGUGACGCGUUUUGUUCUUAUAACUGAGAAGAAGUGGGAAUUGUACGAGUACGUAGUUCCAAUCAGUGGCUCGGACAAUUAUGGAGUCAAACCCCAGCUUAUUUGCUGUGGGAAGCUGACAGGAGAGUAUGGAGACAGUAGUAGUAGUCUCAAUCUGUUCAACGGAGCAAAGUCGGCGACUGGCGAAAUUGUCAUAAAAAACGACUUCAACACCAGCAAUGAUGGCGUUAGUACUUCUGACUCAGAUUUGAAAAAGAAACUCCAACUGUGGGACCAUUUAUACUGUCGUUUGUCAAAGAAUUAUCUUGUCAUAUCGGGAACAAAAGGCAUGAUGAGAGUGUUUAACGUUAAUAGAAUGUCACCUUAUCAGUUUGGUCAGCCUGUUUAUACAUACAUCACCAACUUCCCCAUAAGAUGUAUAGCUAUAGCACCUAAUGACGGACUAGUAGCGUGUGGUAUUACUGCCAGAGAACGGUUAUCUGGAAAAGAACAGCCAUUCAUCAUCUUGCAUAGACUCUUAUCCUCGGAGGACAAUUACCUUCACCAAGUCGACCCCAUCACCAUCACUAUACCUUACAGAGAUCCCAUUAAAAUCAUGCGCUUUAAUCUUACUUCUACGCAUUUGCUAUGUUGCACGGCCUGGGAGUCGCGGUACCUAGUGAUUAAGCUUAGAAGUACCAACGAAAACGGUGAAAAUUACAGAAGACCGCGCAUGAUAUGGUCUGAUACAACGUACAAGAGUAAAAGAUUCAGAAGUGAUGUAGAGGGUGAGGAUAAACUAGCCGAAGAAACAGCAGAUGCCGACUACGAGUUAAUGAUGACCAAUGAAGGCAUCACUGAUUUGCAGUUUGGAGCACUUAACUCGAACACCGUGGUGAUCUCGUCAUGCUCGCUAAAGAGUAGACCCCCAGUAGUAAUCCGGUUGGAUGGAGCGUUGAUAGACUCUAUGAAACACCAUACGUUUUCUGACAAUUACAGUGUACAGAAUAGUUUUAACAGUAUGGAAGAUGAAGAGUAUAGCAGUAUUAAGGCAGCAGAGACGGUCAUGAAGAUAUCUGAGGUAGGAUCUUUGAUCCAUGGAUUCUCACUCUCUCCCAGAGGAGAUGGUAUAGUCUUCUUGGACAAAGAUGGCCGUCUCUAUUUAAUCCCUACCCCUAACCUUCUGUCGAAGUCUACUACUUCUACCUCUGGAGCAAGUAAGAAGGUGGUAAUUCUCCUUGGAGAGGUUUCAAAUGCCGAACGUUUCACAGAAGCUGCAGCCAUUAAAUUCUCCUCUGAUGGAGGUAAGAUCUUUGCAGUUGACAGAAAAGGUGUAUUUUCGGUUUUUGACUUUACUAAAGGUGUUCCUGGCGAAGACCUUGAUGUGGUUAAGUGUAAGAUUCUUACAUUCUAA